AUGGCAAGCCACGAGCGGCAACAACAUGAGGACGAGCCCCACCAGGUUGGCGUGGACGAGCUGCACGAGGAGCUGGACACCACACCCGUGCACGCGGCAGCCCGCGCCGGCCGAGUUGAAGAAUUGCGCGAAAUUUUGCUGGCUGAUGCCUCACAAGCCAUGACGUUGGACAAGUACGAACUCACACCGCUCCACUGGGCCUGCGACCGCGGAGAGACAGCGGCUGCGCGUCUACUUUUGCAGUACGGCGCGGACGUCGACGCCGUGGAGAAGCGCAUGUUUAAGCGGCGGCCUCUGCACUUUGCCGUGCUGGCGAGUUCCGAGGCGACGGUGCGCGAGCUGCUGGUGAACCACGCCGACAUUCUAGCCGAAGACUAUCGUGGUUGGGCGCCAGUCCACGGAGCAGCCUACAGCGGCGAUGUGGGCUCUUUUACAGCGCUGCUCGACGCUGGCGCGAGUGCCACCAAUCAGCUGACCAAGCGGCGCGAGACGGCAUUGCAUGUGGCUGCUGGUCGAGGGCGCGUGGAGGUCGCUCAGCUUCUGCUGAAACGCAGUCUGGGCGGAGCAGAGGUCGAGAACCUGCUGGUGAUGGAGGACAGCGAGGGUUCCAAAGCAGCUCAGGUGGCGGCUCGCAAUGGCUUUGAGGAUAUUGCUCGUCUACUAGUCGACCAGCAGCAGUGA